AUGUCCUGGUUGGUUAGGCCAUGGUUAUAUUACAAAAAUAAUAUCUUCAAAUUUUCUGCAAAUUAACAAAAAUGUGUUCGGUUCAAGUGAAUUAACUUGAGAUUAUCUUAAACUUAGUAAGAAUUAUUUGAGUUCCUGUUUCGUUGAAGCUAUAUCCUGCACUCAGGCGGCGAUGGCCAAGCUUGCAUGGAAACUUAAAACUGGCCUGACACAAGAAAACCUUUAAACCCAGGGUAGGGUAACUCAGUAUAUAAUUCCAAAAAUUAAGCCCGAGUUUAGCAAACCGUCGAAUGCAGCUGCCCAUGGACAUAAUGGGAUUGGAUUUGUAUCUAUUUAUAGCUUGGCUAAGUAUAACAAUUUUCAUACACGCAAAUAUUUAUGCAAUGCAAAUGCGGAGAUACAACAACAGCUAAAGCCCGGUGCCCACUAUGUGCUUAGCAAAAUGUCAUUCGUGACCGAUUGCGUGUGCGGUGCACUAAAUCAAAAAAAGAUUUAGAACUUAUUGACGAAAUUUUUAAUCUCUUUUCAAAUUCAUAAAAGUCGUGCAAGUGAUAUAGGCACUUUAAUGAUGAUUAUACGAUAACAGUUGAACAGAAGGCCCAGUGUAAGAUUAGCGUUGCUAAACUGGUUUUUGUAUAAUUGCACCUUCUUUAAAUAAAGUUUAUUAUUAUUAUUAUUAUUAUUAUUAUUGUUAUAGCGUUCAAAACUCUAAUUCAUCAGACGACGCUCAACUUCAUGAUGAAACUGUUGAUGUGGAACAAACAGACAUGGAAAACGGACGUAUCACUGAUCAUAGAAUUGCUUCAGCAGAACAAUUAUUAAUCUUGGGACGUUCUUGCCAAACGGAAGGCCGAAAGGAGGAGGCCAUCAAAAGCUACGAACAAGCAGUUCAAAUUGCGGAUGAAGUAGAUCACAAUGACAUCAAAGCAAAAGCUUAUCAACACUUGGGAAACGUAUUUACUGGAACGUCCGAGUAUAAGAAAGCAAUCGAAUAUUACCAGAAAGCACGUAAAAUAUCUCCACGGCUCAAAGGAGAUGAGAUGGAAGUACUAGCAUAUUAAUGGUUAGAUUACAACCACCUGCAAGCUGGUCAGUAUAAAGAAUCCAAAUAGAGUAUUACAAAGAAGUGGUAAAACUUGCCUCACACCUUGGAGACAAAAAGAGGUCGCUUACACUUAACGCUUAUCUAGGAUUAGGAAAUGCAUUUAGUUAUAUUGAUGACUUUGAGUUCUCGCGAAAGUAUUUCUUGAAAGCUCUCACAGUAGCGGAAGAAAUGAAUGACAAAACUCUCGAAAAGGAAGCAUAUACAAACUUAGGACAUGUAUACUACCAGAGUUGUAAGUUUGAUGCUGCUGUCGAAUCGUAUCUCAAAGUUCAAGAAAUUUCUCGUGAUCUUGGUGAGAGAAAAGAAGAAGCCAACGCCUGCCUCAUGCUCGGUGACAUCUUACAAGAAUUAAAACAACACGAGAAAGCCAUUGAAUCUUACCAAAGGACUUUAAAUAUCAGUGAAGAAUCAGAGGAUAAAGAAAUGCAAGUAGUCGCAAUUCAGAGAUUAGGAACAUUAUAUUUAACUUUGGCAUCAGUUUGUAAAGAUAAUGAUUACAAUAAGGCGAUAAAAUGGUACAAAAAGGCGUUAGAUAAUUCUGGAAAGGAGCCCAUUGAUCGCCUCCUGCAUGAGAAAGCUCUAACUGGUUUAGGAGUUGCCUGGCUUACUCUUGGAAAUAGUGAAAAAGCGAUUGAGCAAAUUCACAAAGUUCAACAGUUUUCUAAAAUGGAUGCCGACAUGGGUAAUCAUUAUAAUCGUUUUCAGUUAAAACACAAAACGUUACUUUGUUUUUGGUGAUAUAUUUUUCGAUAUUUUAAAUAAGAUGAGGUCAGCAUUUUCGAAUUUGAGAUAGAUUUUAAUAUGAGUUGAAGCUGGACUUAGUUUUCGACCACAUAUUGCAUAUAGCUUCACUAAUUUUGCAGUAAUAGCUAGUUCAAGUUCGAGACAAAAACGUUUACCAGGAUUUCCAAGUCCGAGUGCAUUUUGAAAAAGCGAGACGACGGACCAUUAGAAAAGUGAUUGGGGGGGGGGGGAUUUUCUAUAAAAGAGGCAAUAUUUUUAGUUUUUGUACCCCUAUAGGAGAAAUGUAUUUUUAGUGAAAUUUAUAGGCCUAUCUUCCAAGCUCGGAAUUUUUUUUUUGCACUAUGCCUGGGAAGAUUUUUUUCCCUAAUAUUUUUCUGGGGAUAAAUUUUUUUUUGGUUUUGCCCCACCCCCCAUCACUUUUCUAAUGGUCCGUCCCUUAUUAAGACACGUGGACUUGGAAACCCUGAUAAUACGAUACGAUAUGAUACGAUACCAUACCAUACAUUUCUCCAGAUAAUUAACAACUAUUCACCGAAGUGGAGGUGAAUAGUGCAAGAAUAUUCACCGAAACACGAAGGGUCGAGAUGAAACUUAAUAAAAAAAUAAUUGGUAAAUUUUUCCAACACGAAGAGUGUUCGUAACAAUCUGAUAAAACACUCCUGCUCGUGUUUUAAAUAGUACAACUUGUAUUUGAAUCAUUACUUCGAAAUUGAAGCUACAAUACAAUAUGUAGCAGAAAAAUAAGUCCAAAUCCUACUCGUCUUUAAGUCAUGUAUUUGAACUCACUUUUCAAACAUUGCAAAUUACAUAGUUUUAAUUAAAGUACUAAAACUUUGAAAUGAUCUUAAUUCUGAUUUCAAAGCACUGUAGUAUUUUAGAAUAAAAUUUCUAAUAAAAGUGUCCUGUAGGACGUCUUUCUCUAGUUACGCAUAUACACUAUAAUAAUUAAAUAUUAAUUUAUUUAAUUUUGUUUGGGGUCAUGAAUUAUGACUUUGACAACAUUUCUUCCAUUACACAGAUUCUCUCAACGUUGAACCUACACACGAGCACAUAACUUCUACAGUGCAGAAACCAUCGUCCUUACCAAUACCAGGUAAAAUUGAUUAUUGCAUUCUGUUUUACCUUCAUGGUUGCUUUAUUUUCAUUUUUGUACUUAAAGUAUGAUUGCACAACUGUGACAGUAAGAAGAUACGUUGAAGUAUUUCAUUAGAAUCAGUGCAACGUUUCAUAUUUUUAUUGAUAAUGGGUGCACCUUAUAUAAUAGGUGCUCUUUUAAUUAUUCCAAAUAUGCCAUUUUCAGAUAUUUCAAUAGGUGCAAGCAUGAUUUCCACUUGGAAUUAUGCUGAGGAAUAAAACCUCCUUCGUUGCGAUUUCAGUUUUAAAAUGUUAGUUUUACCUUUUAUACACAGACUCCUAUGGGGUGGACAUUCAAGGAAAUCCUCUAAGCAAAAAGCAUACAUCGUCGUCGCAAGUAUAGGAGUUGAAAUUCUUGAAGGCUUCAUAUAUAAUUUUACGAUUAAGUGCAACAAAACAGUCCCUUUUGUCUGUUUAAUAAAUUUAGUUUUUCUAGUUAUUCAUAAUAAGAGAAUGUUUUCGUGGGCUAUGAUUACAAUGAACAUGGGCUAUCACGACAAUUAAACGUUCCAAUGGUUAUUAGGCUAUCAUUGCCGGCUAUGAUUACAAUAAGUUGCACUAUGUUAGAUAGUUCUAUCUCAUUCGAAUAAUUUUAUAUCAACUGAUUCAGGUGUUAAGGAAGAAAACGCUCUCCUGCUUCAAGAGACAGAGCCAGUUAUAG